CCUGAUACCUGUACUAUUAAUGACACCUGUAUUCUGUCUGGGCAAUGUCAAUGAAUGUUUCCACAACUUUAGCCAGAGCCACAGAUGUACCUUAAUGCACUCACCACCAUCAGCCAUGAUUGAACUCCUGCCUUCCAUCAACACUUCUGUCUGCAGCACGCUUCAUUUUUAUGGUAUCACCAUUUUCCUGGCCAGCUUUUUCUUCAGCCUCCUCACCAUUAUGGUCCUACUUCUCCAUGCCCAAACAUAUAAGAAGCUUGUUAAAUCGACAGGAUUUCUGGGGAGUGAACAAUGGGCAGUGAUUCACAUUGUAGAUCAGCAAAUGCGCUUCUACUCAUUGGCCUCUUUGUGCUGCUGGGGCCCAGCUGCCACACUUAUGAUCACAAUGCUGACCAAGCCACAGGACACCAUGCUACACAUGGCCCUCUAUGUGCUCCAGGCUCUAACAGCGGUAUCCCAGGGUCUGCUCAACUGUGGAAUAUAUGGCUGGACACAGUACAAAUUCUACCAACUAAAGCAAGAGUCUCGAUGUGAUGCGGAUACUCAGACACCACUGUUGUGCUCGCAGAAGAGAGUUUACAACAAGAGCCUAGAUCCGCUGGAGUCCUCAUUUGCUUUUGCUACCAGUUCCUCUAUGAUUCUUUGAAACUAUGAAACUGGAACAUCCAGAUGGAUGAAACAACUGGAGAUGUUUCAUAUGAAUGGAUUCUGAAGAUCUUUGGGAAACCAUAUCCUCCAUUUUUUCUAACCAUGACCUAGACUGAAGAACUGAAAGGGAAUAUAGGGCCAUGUUAGUAGCUAUUCUAGGUGAAUUAGGGAAGAUCCUUCUAGUUGCUCUUUCAGGGAGA